AUGCCGCCCCUCUCGCACGCACCGCCACCCGGCGCAAGCAGCAGCAGUGCCAGCAGUGCGCCCGCCGCUGCGGCGCCCGAGGAGCACGACGACGCCAAGGCGCAGCGGCACGCCGCCCUGGCACGCCAGAUGGGCGCCAUGUUUCUGCAGCACCGCGUCAGCGAGCUCGAGGCCGACGUGCUCCACCUCGCACAUGCGCCCCCGCCGCGGCGGCCACUUGCGGCGCGGCGCGAAGGAGGCGCGGGCGCAGGCAUGCUGCGCGGCAGCGGCGCCGCGCGGCCUCGCAUGCCGCCGCCCGGCGCCGCACCCUCGCAGCCACAGCAGCAGCAGCGAAGGACACUGCACACCUCUGCUGUGCCGCGGCCGCCGGCAGCACCGCAGCUGCCGCAGCCGCCGCUGCUCCUGCUCGACGCCAGCGUGCUCGUCUACUCGCUGCGCAGCGUGCACGAGUGGCUGAAGCGCGCAGAGGCGGCGCAGUGCCGCCUCGUCGUGCCGACCGAGGUCAUCACGACGCUCGACGUGCUCAAGAAGGGCACACACGCCCUCAACGUCGCCGCACGCAACGCCACGCGCUUCCUCGAGGAGCGCAUUGGCGGGCCGGGGGCGCAGUACGGCCUCGUGCCGCAGGCGGCGGCCGCCACCGCCGGGCCGCCGAUGUCGCUCGCCGAGGCCGACGCGAUGCGCAUGGCCUGCGACUCCUCCACCAUCACGCUCGACGCCGACGCAGCAGCAGCCCUGCCGUCCAAGCACGCCGGCUGGGCCACCGAUGGCGGCGAGCAGGACCUGUCGCUGCGGCGCGCCAAUGCCGCCCAUCGCGCCGUGCUGCUGCUGGCCCUCUCGCUGCCCGACCACGUCCUCGCCGUGGCCUCGCCGCCCGCGACGCUCGCCUCGACGACGACGACGCCGCUGGCGAAGGUGGCACACUCGCACGGCGACGGCGGCGGCGGCGGCGGCGUCGGCAGCGGCGUGCUGAGCGAGGAGCGGCCACGCUGGAGCGAGCGAGUGGAUGGCGCGCGCGCCACGCGGCUGGCACAGGCGCAUGGCGUGCAGACGCUCAGCUGUCCCACCGCACGCAGCUGGCUCGAGCUCGACGCUCACUCGCCCGCCUCGAGCAGCGCCUCGCUGCCGCCGCCGCCCAGCAAGACGCAGCCGCCGGCGCAGCCGCGCAGAGCAGGCGACGAGGUGGCUGCGCCUGCGGCGGCGGCGCCAGACGAGCGUCUGGGCCGCGCUGCCACGCCUGUUGCCGCGAGAGACAGAGCGGCGGCGACGACGCCGGAGCCCGCCUCCUCCGCCGACGCCGCCGCCGAGGCGCAGGCUGCCAGCCGGCCACGCAUCAUCUUUGCAGAGUAG